UGAGCGAGACAGAAAUCAUGGAUAGUCAGACAAAAUAUGGGCAGUUUAUUAUUGUAAGGCACAAUACGAAUACCAGAUAAAAGUAAAUUUAUUCUAAUUAUGAUUUGAUCGACGUAUUAAUGAUGUUAAGGGAGUAAAUAACGUACAAUUUCGGUUUUUAUAUUUACGAUUGUAUGAGGCCUAUGAACUGGGAACUCGUUUGAAACAAUGAAUAGUAAAAUAUUAAGUACAAUUGCUAAUGCUAUGGACACCAAAGAGGAACUAAAGAAGCGGAUAGAAACAUCUAAACUUGUAUCACAAGAGCUGCAGACAUGCAUUCAAAAUUGUCAAAACCGAUUUGGAGGUAAAGCUGAACUCGCUACAGAAGAUGAUAUAAGAAUAGUACAGCUUUGUGAAAAAUGGGAAAAAGUCCUCAGUCACGGUAUAAGAACCAACUUAUCUAACUCUGCUUUACAGACCCUAGUGACUGCUGGGUUAAAUUUUACAUUUAACAUUGUCAAUAUUGGAAACUCAUUGUGGAGCUACACAUGUCUUCACCUCACUAAACAUGAGAAAGAAAGAUUUAAAAUUCUAUCAAAUAUCAACACUCCACUUGGGUACUUCAGGGCCUUCAUUAGAGCUGCUUUAAAUGAAAGAUCACUUGAAAGAUAUCUCCAAAGCUGGGUAGCACAUGGUCUUCUGAUGGAGUAUUAUGAAGAAGGUGCAUUAGUCAGGAACAAUGAAUUAGCAUAUCAGUUACCUCACAUGGCUUCAGGAUUAUCAACAAUUUUGUUUGCACUAUCAAUUGAUAGAGCGGAAUUAAAUGAAACUCAGCAAGCAAAUCAAACAAAUAAAGCGGAACUAGUCAUAUCCCUGCCGGCUCCUGUAAAGCCUUCCAAUCUAAAGAGGAAGCCGCUGCGCCAAGUCAUAUCAUUUGACAAAAAUGAUUCGAAAAAUAAAACCAAAGAUGACAGAAAGCUGUUACGGUCGCCAAGUAUGAAAGAUGACUCUUUAUGGAACAGCGCGCCCGCUACAUGCCUGAACUCUCCGGAUCCUAAAACUCUUCCUCAUGCUUCCACUAGUGAACCGACCAGUUCUGAAUAUAAGAAUAGCAUACGACAUUUUUUCCCAGAUAGUGUGAAGGGCAUAGACAGUCCAUCGCAAAUCCUUUCAAAAUUGUCAGAGUGUGCUAAAGAAAUAUUUUCGUCAUCUAACAGCAUAGAUACAAACAAUGUUGCUAAAGAUGAUAUAUCUGUAUCGAGUAUUAACAAUUUAAAGAUAUCAGAAAGUGACAGUGAGGAAGUAGCGGGGAGCAUUGACGGGAGCACUUCUUGUCUGGAACUCUGUUUUACGGAAGACGAAAGUGUACCUGAAGACAAAUCUCACUCCAUUUUAGAAAUAAGAGAAAAGGAAUAUUUGAAUUUACAAUUAAAGUGUAAUCAUAUUGAGCAGACAAGCAAGGAAAAGAUACUUAAAUUAGAGAAAAUCAUUCUGGAUCUAAGCAAAGAGAACGAUCGUCUUAAAGAACAAUUAAGACAGUACAUGUCUGCUGUUGAAAUGGGGGUUGCUUUAAAAAACAACGGCGAGGAGCAGGAGGCUGAACAAUAUGAGAAAAAACUGGUCCAAGUUGCUGAAAUGCACGCAGAGCUGAUGGAAUUCAAUCAACAUCUACAAAAACGUUUGCAAGAAUUAGAGAGCAGAUCGGAACUCGAGAUACUCGACCAUCCUGAGACUAAUGUGAAGGCUUAUAUCCCCACCGCGUUUCUGGUCGGAAAGAAAACUCAAUCCUACCACGUCUACCAGAUAUUUCUCAAAAUUGGUCACGAAGAAUGGAAUGUGUAUCACCGAUAUGCUAAGUUCCACGAGCUCCAUAUGCAGCUAAAGAAAUUACAUCCAGACAUAGCGUCAUAUAAUUUUCCUCCAAAGAAAACUCUGCGAAAACGGGACGCACAUCUCGUGGAGAGCCGGCGAGUAGCGCUGCAGGCGUAUUUGCGGCACAUUUUGCUGGUCCAACCGGAGUUGAGGGAGUGCACCAGUCGAGCGCAGCUCAUCACCAUCUUGCCAUUCUUUGGCACUUCAUCGUCGUCGAGAUCGAACGGAUCGAGUCACAUGCUAAAUCGACAACAUUCCAACGAGUCAACUUCCACUUACGACGCUCUCUGAUUGCCAAGUAAAUAGCUAGGUACCUACUAUUAAUUAUUACAUUUAGACACGGUUGCAUAAAAAAACUGUAAAAAAAACAUGUGUAAAGGCACCAUGUAAAUUGGACAUGACAUGAGACAUGAUUUUUUAUAGCCUGUGCGGAAAGAGAAGAGUCUUUCCGAACAGACUACACGCUUUCACGCACCUAGUUAAUUUAGGUGUUGUCUAAAGCUCGCUUAAUCAAAAAUGUUAGUUUGCUCUAGCUAAUUCGAAAUAUUACAAUAGUAAAGAUUUAUCCUAUUUUGAUUUUACCUAUAAUUUAUGAAGUCUUCAUGGCAAGCAAAAUUUCGGGCAGCUGCCCGAAGUAGUGUUUGUAAAAAUGUAGUAUGUUAUUACUGUAAUUAUAGAAAAUUUGUGGCAAAAGUGGAAUUACUUGAUUCCUCUUUAGUCUAAUAUAAUGUGUAGUAUUUAUGUGGCAUUGGUAUUACCUACGCCUCAAUGCAAUCAGUUUUAUACUAUGCUAGAUAAUAUUGGAAACGUAUCUAUGUGCAAUUAAGUAUGUGACGGACGACGAGUAAAGGUUCCGUUACACAGGCGCUUUUUCCGGGCGGGGAGCGAGCGGGGCGUGAGCGUUUUAUAUGU